UGGUGUGCAGACCCUUUGGCAGAGGCUUGCCGUGAGCGAACCCGGAUACUCUGCGAGUUGACAGAGUGGGAGCUCCCAGGUGAGAGUGAGACAAACUCCCCUUUCUUCCCCGACCGUGAAACCGGCUUCUAAUCAAAACGCAAGGAGGGAGAAGCCCGUCCCCACCGGAGCUCGGGGGUCUGUUAAGUGAGCCCUCCACCCGCUAAAAAAGAAGCUCAUCAUUCCCCUCGGGAGGGACAAGGACUGGACGGCACCGCACGCUGAAAGGAUGCUCCUGCUGUGUUGCCCACUGCUGCUGGUGCUCCUGCUGCUGCCACUCAGCUCCAGGCCCCAGAAGUUACCUACCAGAGAUGAGGAGCUCUUCCAAAUGCAGAUCCGGGACAAAGCGUUUUUUCACGACUCGUCAGUCAUCCCAGAUGGAGCUGAAAUUAGCAGCUACCUCUUCCGAGACACCCCCAAAAGAUAUUUCUUUGUGGUUGAAGAGGACAACACUCCCUUAGCAGUGACAGUGACACCCUGCGAUGCACCUCUGGAGUGGAAACUGAGUGUUCAAGAGCUGCCAGAAGAAGCCAGCGGAGAAGGUUCAGGUGAACCAGAACCUCUUGAGCAACAGAAACAUCAGAUUACUAAUGAAGAAGGCACAGAGCUGUUCUCUUACAAAGGCAAUGACGUUGAGUAUUUUGUGUCUGCUAGUUCACCAUCUGGUUUGUACCAACUAGAUCUGCUGUCAACGGAGAAAGAUACACAUUUUAAAGUGUAUGCAACCACUACUCCAGAAUCAGAUCAACCUUAUCCUGAAUUACCUUAUGAUCCCAGAAUUGAUGUCACUUCUUUGGGACGUACUACAGUGACACUGGCCUGGAAACCAAGUCCCACUGCCUUCUUACUUAAACAGCCCAUUCAGUAUUGCAUAGUCAUCAAUAAAGAGCACAAUUUCAAAAGCCUCUGUGCUGUUGAAGCAAAGCUCAGCUCUGAUGAUGCCUUCAUGAUGGCUCCAAAACCAGGUCUGGAUUUCAGUCCAUUUGACUUUGCCCUUUUUGGCUUUCCGUCAGACAACAAUUCUGGCAAAGGCUUCCUAAAGUCAUCAGCAAAAUUUGGGCGCCAAACAUCUUUGAAGCUGAGAGUUGAUUUGCAUAAAGUUUGUAUAGGGAACAAGAAUGUCUUCACAGUGUCAGACUUGAAGCCUGAUACGCAGUAUUACUUUGACAUGUUUGCAGUGAAUACCAACACUAACAUGAGCACCGCAUAUGUUGGCACCUUUGCCAGAACGAAGGAAGAGGCAAAACAGAAAACUGUAGAACUGAAGGAUGGCAAAGUUACAGAUGUAUUCAUCAAGAGAAAGGGAGCCAAAUUUCUACGUUUUGUUCCUGUUUCAUCUCACCAAAAAGUCACUUUCUCUGUUCAUUCAUGCCUGGAUGCUGUUCAGAUCCAAGUUAGGAGAGAUGGAAAACUUCUGUUGUCACAAAACGUGGAGGGUGUGCGGCAGUUCCAAUUUCGGGGAAAAGCAAAAGCUAAAUAUCUCAUUAGGCUGAAAGGAAGCAAAAAAGGUGCUUCUAUGCUGAAGAUCCUGGCUACAUCCAGGCCUAACAAGCAGUCAUUUCCUUCUCUUCCUGAAGAUACGCGAAUCAAAGCCUUUGACAAACUCCGCACGUGUUCUAUGGUCACGGUGGCAUGGUUGGGCACACAGGAGAGAAACAAAUUCUGCAUCUACAAAAGGGAAGUGGAUGACAAUUACAACGAAGAGCAGAAGAAAAGAGAGCAGAACCAGUGCUUGGGUCCAGAUACGAGGAAGAAAUCGGAAAAGGUUCUCUGUAAAUACUUCCACAGUCAGAACAUCCAGAAAGCAGUGACCACAGAGACAAUCAGAGGCCUACAGCCUGGCAAGUCCUACCUGCUGGACGUUUAUGUGAUAGGGCAUGGUGGGCAGUCUGUGAAAUAUCAAAGCAAAUUGGUGAAAAUGCGGAAGUUCUGUUAGUGCCCUUGUACACAGAAAUAAAUAGAACUCUGGUCUGAACAUUAUCUUGCUUCUAAGUAUAUGGAUUGACUACUUCCACAGUUGAGAAGUUGUGGCCUGUAUUUGUACUGUGUAGAAAAG